AUGUGUUCGGAGGCAACGAGAAUUUCUUCUCACACCCACCGUGACGAGGCCCACCCCACGAGAUCCGAACGAGUAUCAGGCACGAUGAUUGAUCGCUUCUGCACCGACGGAGAAACGCCGCCGCGACCGCGUAACAGCUUCCCAUGGGCUCAGCUCCUGUCGCGUGUUCCGGCGGAGUGCGCACAAGCUUAUGUUGCCACCAAUUAUAUGCAGCAUGGCCCCAUCUUCAUCAUUAUCAUUGGAGGAUACAAGGCUGGGCACAUGGUUAAGCACCACAUAGAUCGCAGAAAUUAUCAGCAGUCUGCCUCUGAUUGGACAUCUUUGUCUACCAGGACCGAGUGGGUCUCGCCUGGUGAUAGGCACACCUGCGCCCGUAACCCUGAGAGAUUUGAUAAUGAUAACACUUCAGGUUCGUUAGGUAUUUCGCUGGUCCCCCCAAGGCUGACUAUCUCUGUCAGGCCCGAUAGCCACCUAUCUCAUGGUGUUGAUUAUCAUCACCCCGGACUGAACUGGCUGAUCAACGCAAUAAUUAUGCCACGAUCGCCAGCUCGAAAGGAAGAAACUUUGCUGAUACCCCGCGUCAUCGGAAACCUACGAAGAAUUGUGCUUCGGGCUGACAGGGAAGCGGUGAUCGCCGCCUCUAAUCGCUAUCACAAACUUCAGCUAAGCAUAUCUGCGCCGAGCGAUAUCGACUUGGCAGGCAGACAUGUGAAGUUGGAUGCUUUGCAUGAUACGAACCCCUUAGCGCGGGAGCCCCUAAAUUACCGCCAACUCAUAGCAGCAUCAUCCCCGGAAUGUCUGCCUGUUCUGGCCACAGCUAUCGUCAGAUUGAGCGAGAGUCCUAGGUCAAGUCUGGAGUAUGGAGUGUUUCUAUCCUCCACCUAGCACCUGACACCUAUCUUCAUG